AUGGCGCCUCCUUCUCGGUAUGGGGGCGGUCCGCCCGCGAUGCCUCAGUACCAACAUCAGUUCCCCUCCCAUCCCUCACAGUCCCAUGCGACAAGCCACCAACCGACGUCGCUCGCAAACCCAGCAUAUCUCAACACCCAACUGAGCAGCCCCUUCGCUGCGAAUGGCUUGGGACUGGGCGCUGGCAUUAACACUGCCGACCCAGGUUUUGGCAUGGGUGACCAGACGGGUUUCGCGAGCCAUGCUGCUAGGUCAGGCUUUCAGCAUGCUGCCCAAUUGCAGCAGCAACAUCAUCCUCACCCACAAUCCCAUAGCGCGCCGAGCGAGCGAUCAACACGAACAGGUGGUGGAGCCAAGGCCCGCAUACGGGAGGUGUGGAAGCACAAUUUCGAGGAAGAGAUGGGUGUUUUGAUGGAGCUGCUGGAGGAGUACCCUUACGUUUCCAUGGAUACGGAGUUUCCUGGCAUAGUAGGACGACCGAUGGGCAAUUUCCGAGGCAAAAGUGACUAUCAUUACCAAUGCCUGCGAGUUAAUGUCGAUCUCCUCAAUGUCAUCCAGAUAGGCAUCAGUCUGUUUAACGAGAAAGGCGAAACCCCGGCCGAUCGAGCGAACAACUCCGAACAGGGCCCUAGUGCUAGAAGACAAGGCGCCCAAUCCCAAGUACCUCUCGCAUGGCAGUUCAACUUCAAGUUCUCUCUGCAGAACGACAUGUACAACCAAAAUGCGAUCGACUCACUGCAAUCGGCCGGUAUCGAUUUCGACAGAUUAGAGCGCGACGGGAUCGACCCCCACAAGUUUGCCUCUCUUUUCAUCGUUUCCGGCUUCGUCUGCUUUGAGAACGUCAAGUGGCUCUCCUUCCACGGUGGCUACGACUUCGGGUACCUGAUUAAACUUCUCGCGGAUAGGAAAUUGGCGAACGACGACAGUGAGUUCGAUAAGACCAUGAAGAAGUGGUUUCCUGCAACGUAUGACGUCAAGCACCUCAUGAAAUAUGCCGUCAAAUUGCACAACUCUGGACUCCUUACGCCAUCAGAUCCUGCUUCCGUUGAGAUCAUGCAGAAGUUCGAGCAGAAGUCGGGCUUGGAGAGCAUUGCAGACGCCCUCAAGAUUAAGCGUGUUGGGGCGGCUCACCAGGCAGGAUCCGACUGCCUGCUGACUGGCAAAGUAUUCUUUCAACUGCGUGAAAGAAUCUACAACGGAGACAUCGCGGACGACCAUAUUGGCAAAGUCUGGGGUCUGGGGUUCUCGGGCAUGGAGAUGCCACUGAUUGCGCAUCAACAGUUGAAUCCUACGGACAACACUCCGCCCAGUGGUCCCAACGGCAAUGGCAAUACCAAUGGCGGCCCGAGUACGCCUAGCACCGCCAGUGCCGGACUGGCGAGUACUCCGGCUGCGCAAUCACAUAACACGAACGGCAUGGGCAUGGGCCCGAUGACGCCCGGCGGCGGAGGCGGUGUUUUUGGCUCUUUCAACUACAGUACUAGAUAG